GGCCAUGUGCAACCUUCCCAACCGUCCAUCUCGUGUAACUGCAUGCUAUAAAUACCAUGCAACUUCCCGCCUUUGCCUUGGGCCUGGCUCUUCCGUCCCUAUCCCUUGCCUUUGUUAUAUUCUGUCCCCCUGGAUAUCUUGUCCCAACCCUGUCCGAUAUAGCAACCAUCACAGUCACAAAUAAAUUCAUCCUGCCUUACCCUUAUCCCCGCACCAUAUCCACCCAUCACACACAUCCACCCUUUCUCGCGUACCUGCCUCCUCUUGCUGCAUUAUAUCGAUAAACAUUUACCCCCAUCAAUUCACUUCUCGCCGAAAGAGCUCGAUCAUUUCAUUUCGUUUUUCCCAAUCCGAAUAACGCCCCCAUACUCCCUGAUAAACGUAGAGCCUCAGACCAGCCGCACAAGAUGAGAUCGACAGUAUCCUGGACCGUUUGGCUAUCGUCAUGCAUCCUCCUCCUCUCCUUUUUGGGGACCAACUCCGUCGAUUCCAAGAAGCACAAGGGCGGCUGCGCCAGCGUCGGCAAGUUCAAGAGAACGAAGAAAGUUAUGGGCUACUAUCCCGUCUACAACUUCAAAAUUCAAUCGCCCAAGCAAGUCGAUUAUUCCCUUUACACGGACGUGCUCUUUUUCGUGGCUGUGCCCGAAACUAACAACACCUUCAGCUACGGUGAUAAGCUGACCCCCAAGCAAGGUGAAGAGCUAGCAGUGGAGUUCGUUGGUCUGGCAAAACAACACAAUGUCAACCCACUCCUUUCCUACGGUGGCUGGACCGGCUCAAGACACUUCUCAGAGCUAUCUUCGACACCUGCUCGCAGAAAGGCAUUCGCUAAGAACUUAGUUCAAUAUGCUAAGAAGCUCGGCUUCGUUGGGUUGGACCUUGACUGGGAAUACCCCAAUGGUGAAGGAAUUGGCUGUAAUACUCGUUCGCCUGAAGACACUGUCAACUUCGGUCUGCUCCUCAAGGAAAUCAGACAUCUAUGGCCACAAGCCCAGAUUACUGCCGCCAUUGGCCUUUCUGGGCUCAACGGGGCCGAUGGCAGCCCUGCCAGCGCGUCCGAGACUGCCGAAAUCGCUCGAAACUUGGAUUUCGUUAACUUAAUGGCGUAUGACGUCUUCGGUUCGUGGGCCCCAACUACCGGUCCAUUGGCUCCGGUUCAUGGCACCUGCGCACCCGCUGGAAUGACCCAGUCCAUUGAAACCGGUCUUGAGGUGAUGCUCAAGCAAGGCUUCAAAGCCCAACAAGUCGUCUUGGGUCUCCCCGCCUAUGCCAAGCGUCUCGAGCUAGUAUCCCCCGAGCUCAAGCCAACGACCGUCAAUGGCCACGAGACAUUGAUCUACCAAAAACACACCGAAGUCACUCCGCCCGGUGGAAUUGCCGAUGACAAGCCAGGGCUGGAUGUCUGUGGAAAGGAGCAGAAAUGGGGAGGCUCUUUCCUCACCACUGAACUGAUCUCAAAUGGCUGGUUGUCCAAAGACCAGAAGACUGGUCUCAAUGGCUACAAGCGUUACUUUGACGAAUGUAGCGGAACUCCUUUCCUUACCAAUGGGAAGUACUUCAUUACCUACGAGGACCAGGUAACCUCGGUCACCAAAGCUAAAUGGGCUGACAAGCAGCAACUAGCUGGUAUCUUCUUCUUCGAUACCACCGGUCCCACGAAAUCUACGGUUUCUGCUGCCGCCCGAGCGCUCUGAACACCUGCGAACUUCCGUAACUUAUCGUUUUCUAUCUUCCAUUAUUUAAAGAAAAGAUUCUCAGUUAAUCGCCCCCGUAUGGUCCUUGCUUGGAGCCACGUUCAUUAUGAUUUUUUAUUCUUUCGGUAACAAUGCUCAAAAUAGUCUGAGUGAACACUCAAACACCAAAAAAUAGUCGAUCAUCUUGUUUUGAUUAUCUUUCUUGAUUAAGUACACAUGUGUACAAGUUGGCAUGGGAUGCCUUUUUCCUAAAGUCUUGUUUUGUUAUUUUUUUUUUCUUGUCAUCAUCAUUUUGGGACUUUCAGUGGUUUUUUUUGUUGGAUUGUCUAUCUUUCUUUUUUGAUGGUUGGUUGAAGAAUUGGAUAAGCUUUUAAAAUACAAUCAACUUGGGUCCAUAUAGUGUCACCUUGACAAGCACCUGUGGUACCUACAUACCUUUUCUGGCUUGGAUCUGGCAUCAAGAAGUUGAGCAUAAUUGGAUAACA